AUGGAAUUCUUAGAGAAGAUUAAAGAACUGGAUGCGAUUCAUCGGUUCCCAUUUGAGUUCCAGGACCUAGAGGUUCCUACCAUUGAAGAUGCAUUGAAGUUGAUAUCAAGUUCCGUUCGGCAGGUAAUUAUUGAUGUGAAAGUUGGGCCCCCAUUGUAUGAAAAAGGGCUCGCAAAGGAUAUUAUUUCUGCUGAAGGUAAAUGGUUUAAUAAGGGUCGUGAUAGUGGUUGGGUUGUUAGUCCCUUUUCUGAUGACAAGGAUAAGGGGGGUCGCCAUGGAGGACUAACUAUCUCCCAUGCUCAUCUUACUUCUGCCGACUCUUCAGCGCCUUUUUUAGCUUCCACUUUAGAGACUCCGAGUCUUUCUAAGGAGGAGAUUGAGGCCCUCUAUUGCCUCAAUACUGUCACUGUUGCCUCCAUAUUUGCUCACUUAGGUAUACAUGCCAAGGUCUACAGUGCUUUUUCCUUAUCUGGUAAUGAUUCUUCGGGUCCACGUAAUGAUUCUUUGGAUCCAGGUAAUGCUUGCCAUCCUUAUAUAGUUCAUUCUAUUCCACCUGUUUUGGAUGACACUGAUCUUCUCAUUGCA